ACACACCUUAGCACACAGCAGACGACCUCUCCUAUGACAGGAAAACUCUCCUAUCACCUUUUCCACCACUGAGUACAAACUACACACGGAGGAUAAUGUUACCUUGUUCAAAUGUUGUUGUGGUCUUUUGUCUUGUGCAAGUCCUCUGCAUUACUGCUGACAUAGACAGUGGCUCCUUCCUGAUAUUCAAUGAAAACCACAACAAGUGCAUUAAGGUGGAGACUGCCACCUCAGUAACUGUGGCUCCUUGUGAUCCUCAUGCCAAGCAGCAACAGUUUCGUUGGGCCUCCCAGUCACGCCUCCUCAGUCUGUCCCUCAAGCUCUGUCUGGGGGCCACAGAUCUGAAAGACUGGGUGAAGGUGGUCCUCUUUGAAUGUGAUGAGAGCAGUGAGCUACAGCACUGGCAGUGCAAGAAUGAGACUCUGUUUGGCAUAAAAGACCAGGACCUGCACUUAAACUGGGGCAACCGCGAUGAGAGGAACGUAAUGAUUUACACAGGCUCUAGCAUCUGGAGUCGCUGGAGGAUAUAUGGCACUAUCAGUGAUCUUUGUUCAAAGGGGUAUCAAGAGAUUUUCACAAUAGGCGGCAACACUUUUGGAGGCCCUUGUCAGUUCCCAUUUAAGUUUCAGGGGAACUGGUAUGCUGAAUGCACAAAGGAUGGUCGCGCAGAUGGGCAGCUGUGGUGUGCCACAGAGACAGAUUACGAUAAAGCAAAGAAGUGGGGCUUUUGUCCCACACAAGUUUCCUCAGACUGGGACACUGAUCCGGUCACAGGGGUUCAAUAUCAGAGGAACGUACAGUCAGCGCUGACCUGGCAUCAGGCCAGGAAGAGCUGCCAGCAGCAGGGAGCGGACCUCCUCAGCAUCGUCGAGCUCCAUGAGCAGUCAUACAUUUCAGGGCUGACAAAUUAUGUAGGAACCUCUCUGUGGAUUGGACUGAACAGCUUGGAUUUUGAGAGUGGAUGGCAGUGGAGCAACGGAAACCCAUUCAGAUAUUUAAACUGGGCCCCAGGUCAUCCCUCAUCAGAGCCUGGGCAUACCUGUGCAACCCUUAAUGCUGCUAAAGCCUCAAAAUGGGAGAGCAGCGCCUGCAACAAGAAACUCGGUUACAUUUGUCGCAAAGGAAACUCAAACAACCUGCCACCUCCACCAAGCAACGACCAGCCCAGCUUCUGCCCCAGUCACUGGGUUCCUUAUGGAGGUAACUGUUACUACCUGGUGAGGGAUAAAAAGAUGUGGAGGGACGCUUUGGCUGCCUGCCACAGAGAGGGAGGAGAUCUGGCCAGCAUACACAAUAUAGAAGAGCAGAGCUUCAUCAUAUCUCAAACUGGAUACUUGCCAACAGAUGUGCUUUGGAUCGGCUUGAACGAUCAGAGGAACCAGCUGCUGUUUGAAUGGUCUGAUCAUUCUCACGUCACCUUCACCCAGUGGCUAACUGGGGAGCCGUCUCAUGUCACCAACAUCCAAGAAGACUGUGUCCUCAUCAGAGGAAAGGACGGGAGAUGGGCAGAUCACACGUGUGAGAAGACGUAUGGGUACAUCUGUAAGAAGGCCGCCUCCAUUUCACCAGCUGCUGGCGCCCAUACGGAGGACAACCCAGGAUGCAAGCUGACAUAUGACUGUGUGAUCAUGGUGGGCAGCGUCUCCAAACUCACAGGAUUAUGGAAAGUGGAAGACUGUCAGUCAAAGAAAGGCUUCAUCUGUAAAAGAAACGUGGAUUCUCAGAUUGUAGUCGCACCCACCACUGUGUUACCAAAGGCUUUUUACAAACUUGGCAAUGACUCCUACAAACUGGUGGCCCAGAAGAUGAGAUGGGAUGAGGCAAGGAGGCAGUGCAAAGCAGAUGAUGCAGAUCUGGCCAGUAUCCUGAACCCCAUCACCCAGGCAUACAUCACCUUACGGAUUUCCAAGCACAAUGAGCCUGUAUGGAUUGGGCUCAACAGCAAUGUGACUGGUGGCCGGUUCAAGUGGGUUGAUAACUGGCUUCUGUCGUACACCAAAUGGGGUAGAGAUGAGCCUAAAAACAACUAUGGCUGUGUGUAUAUCGACGUAGACAGGACGUGGAAGACUGCACCAUGUACUAAUAACUACUAUUCCCUUUGCAAGAGGUCUCCAGAUGAGGUGCCCACUGAGCCCCCACAGCUUCCUGGCAACUGUCCAGAGCCAAAGAAACUAAUAACCUGGAUACCUUUCAGAGGCCAUUGUUAUGCCUUCCUCAGUUCAAAGGUGGACAACUGGGCCCAUGCCUCAGUUGAAUGCCUGAAAAUGAGUGCUUCCCUGGUGAGUAUUCAGGACCCUGAGGAGGGUAAGUUCAUACAACAGAAUCUGGAGAUUCUGCAGGACGAAGCCAAGUCCUUCUGGAUCGGCCUUUACAAGACACAUGAAGAUGAGUGGAUGUGGAUCGAUAACAGUGCUGUGGACUAUACCAACUGGAAAACAGGGAUGCCAAAGUUAGAAUCAUGUGUGGACAUCAAUUCUGACAGUGGGAAAUGGAGUACAAACAGCUGCAGCAGAUAUCGGUCUUACAUCUGCAAAAUACCCAAAGUUGUUGCACCUACAGAGAAACCUCCUUCUCCUGCGCCCUUUGUUAAAGACCGGAUACCCACCCCUGUCCUGGGAGAAUGUACCUUUGACAACAAGUUGUACUUCAACAAUCCAUUCCGAGCUGCAGUGGACACCAAGGGCCUGGUGACCAACAUCGAGCAGAAUGAACAAGCAUAA